UGGCGGGCCAACCAGCUAGCUUCUUCUUCUUCUUCGCAGCGGCAGCAAGCAGGAAGGAUGGAGGCAGAGGAAAAAGGCCGCUUCUAAGCCGUCCGCUCACAAGCUCGCCGCCGGUCCGGGAAAGGAAGCGAAUGGGAAGCAUCCGGGCCGCCCGUUUGCUGCAGCCUUGAAUCCGUCCGGGAAUCCUCAUGGAGCAGGACGUGGAGAGCCCGGCCCUCGGCAAAAGCUCCGAGUUCCACAAGGCGGGCGGCAAGGAUCCGCCCAAAGAGCCGCCGGCGGCGGCGGAGCGCGGCCGCAAGGUCCAGCGCUACGUGCAGAAAGACGGCAAGUGCAACGUCCGCCACGGCAACGUGCGGGAGACCUACCGCUACCUGACGGACAUCUUCACCACCCUGGUGGACCUCAAGUGGCACUUCAACAUCUUCAUCUUCGUGCUGGUCUACACGGUGACGUGGCUCUUCUUCGGCUUCAUGUGGUGGCUCAUCGCGUACCUGCGCGGCGACCUGGACCACCUCGCCGACAACCUCUGGACUCCCUGCGUCAACAAUCUCAACGGCUUCGUGUCGGCCUUCCUGUUCUCCAUCGAGACGGAAACCACCAUCGGCUACGGCUACCGGGUCAUUACGGACAAGUGCCCCGAGGGGAUCCUCCUGCUCCUGAUUCAGUCGGUGCUGGGCUCCAUCGUCAACGCCUUCAUGGUGGGCUGCAUGUUCGUCAAGAUCUCGCAACCCAAGAAGCGCGCCGAGACGCUGGUGUUUUCCACCAACGCCGUCGUCUCCAUGAGAGACGGCCGCCUGUGCCUGAUGUUCCGGGUGGGCGACCUGCGCAACUCGCACAUCGUGGAGGCCUCCAUCCGGGCCAAGCUGAUCAAGUCCAAGCAGACCAAGGAGGGCGAGUUCAUCGCCCUCAACCAGACGGACAUCAACGUGGGCUACAACACGGGCGACGACCGGCUCUUCCUCGUCUCGCCGCUCAUCAUCUGCCACGAGAUCAACCGGAACAGUCCCUUUUGGGAGAUCUCCCCGGACCACCUGGCCAAGGAGGAGCUGGAGAUUGUUGUCAUUUUGGAGGGCAUGGUCGAGGCCACGGGCAUGACGUGCCAGGCGCGCAGCUCGUACGUGAGCAGCGAGAUCAAGUGGGGCUACCGCUUCACGCCCGUGCUCACGCUGGAGGACGGCUUCUACGAGGUGGACUACAACAGCUUCCACGACAUCUACGAGACCAACACGCCCGCCUGCAGCGCCCGGCAGCUGGCCGACAUGAGCGGCCGCGCCCGCCUGCCUCUCACCUGGUCCAUGGGCAGCAAGCUGAGCCAGCAGGGCCUGGCCCCCGAGGCCCAGCGCCGAGACUCGCGGACCGAGCGCAACGGAGACGUCGCCAACGCCGAGAGCGAGUCCAAAGUGUAGCUCUCCUGCUCCUGGUUCCUGUUCCGCACGGACACCGCACACGCGCGCUUUGGCCGGCGGUGAGAGAAAAAAAAAAAAACCCGAGACGGUGUGUCGCGGUCUCACCCACCGCCAGAUCCCUCUUUAUUUUUUCUAUUCCAAUCUUCCCAUAGGGACGUUUGCAUAUCAAGUAUUUUUGUACAUAAUCGGACAUGUUUCGGACUCCUCCUGGUUUCUCGGGUUUGCCGUGUGAAUAUUCGACGCUAACGCGCUGGUUUAGCUUAGCCCUGUACAUAAUCUAUGCCUUACUUCGGCCUUGUCUGACGCCAGCAAACUUCUGUCUCCGAGCAUUCAAAAACGGUGUGUUUGCGCCGUUCGGAAAAAAAAAAAAAAAAAAAAGAUCAUAAAACAACGGUCGCCAUUUUGCCACGCGCCUAAACGAUUUGCUCCCGUAAUUGAUGUUUCCGUGUCAGUGGCGCGCGUUGCCGGAAACAAACGUGACGUUUGCUCGUGUCGACAAGGCUUUCACUGUCCACCCACCAUCCAGCUUUUAUCUUCUUGAUUUUCCUUCCACAAAUGUACACGAAUGCAGCUGCACAAUCGAAGGAGGUCCAAAGACAUCAUUUCACGUUUUCAAAAAUGUCAAUCUCUCUCUCUCUUACAAAAUGAAAAAUACAGAAACAUUAAAAAUAGAGAUGUACUUUGAGAGAAUUU